GUAGGUCUACGUGGUGAAGAGUGGGACCUUUGUCGUGCACCAACACCACGAUGGAUGACUAUCCGAUGUAUGGGCUACUUGUUGGGUUCUCCCUCUGGGGGACCCUUUGGCGUCUCCUCUUUCCUCUGGGCUUUUGGCCCACUUUCACGUGUAGAGUAGGGCCCACUCGUGGUGGGACUUCCACCAACCCCUACACGAAGGAGGAGGAGGAGAAGAUGGCCGCCAUUCUGCAGGAGAAGAAGGAGAAGAAGGAGGCCAAGAAGAAGGCCUUGAAGGAGGAGCAGGCAGCUAAACUGAAGAUGAUAGAGGAAGAGAUGGCCAAAGAGAAGGAGAGGAUACAGAAAGAAGAAGAAGAGAAGGUGAAAGAGGUGGAAGAGGAGGAAGAAGAUGAAACGCCAUUGCAGAGGAAGAGGGUGCAGUACAGUGGUAGUAGGGAUGAAGAGAUGGAGAAGCGAAUCUCCGAGUGGGUCGCCAACUUAUCCCUGGGCGAAGAAGAAGAGGUGGCGAUGUAUAUCUCUAAAGAUGAUCAGGAAGCCGCUAUGAGAGCUUGGGAAGCAGAAAAGGAUGUUGUGAAGCGGCAGGCAUUGGAAGACGAAAAGAGGAUGGAGUGGAAGUUGGCAGUGAUGAGGGAGAAGAAGAGGAGAGUGGACGCGGCAACGGAGGCGGCAGAAGAAUUAGAGGAAGUAAAGAAUAUAGAAAAGCAAUUGGCCGCCCAGACCGAACUCCUAGCGCAAAUGCGAGUCAUAGCCCGAAACGUUGCACGCCUGGCACGAAUUCAGGCAGAGCAAUAUGAUUUUAGUAGGAGUCAACACAUAGCUAUGCGUUCCAUAAAGUUGGGGUUUCGAGACUUUGCGCGUGAGCUGGUAGGCGCUAUAGGGACCGAGGUGGGUCACCGCCUCGACAAGACUGAGCGGUUCUGUGGCGGCGCCAUUGAGGGCGUCAAAGCGGCAKCUCCCAAGGAGGAGGAGGCACGUCCUCCUCGUCGGGAACCGGUCAAAGUCAAAUUCCCUGAUUCCUACAGUGGAAAAAAGGAAGAGAACUUCGACAAUUGGGCGGCCAAUGUCAAGACCUAUGCGCAUCUGCAACAGGUCUCCCCGGAUCAGCAGGUUCUGAUUGCGAUUCACGCGCUCAGAGAUGAAGCCGCCAACUUUGCAAGGUCCCUAGUUCGCGCUGCCAAUUGYAGCGAUGACCCCGUUGCGUACUCCUCAUUCACUUCCCUCACUGAGUUCUUGAAGCUGUUGCGCGAGAGGUUCGCCGAUGUCGCCCGUAGCGUUAAGGCCUCAGACAGGCUGCAGACGAUCCACGCUCGCUCUGAAAUCCUGUUUGGAUGAAUAUUCAGAGUUAUCUGAGGCAUCAGUAAAUUGGUCAAAGUCCG